AUGUUUGGUUCUUCCACACAGGAAAGCUCUCCAAACAACAAUACCGAUUCAAAUCCAGAUGAAAGCAUCAGACACGUAAUUCGUUCAUCAAAAUUAAUGCCAACUCUCGAAGAUUAUCAAUCCAGAAAAAUUGUUGUAUACAUUAUCAAGAAUAUUGCCAUAAAAUUUGCUGAACGCAAACAGAGGCUCUCAUUUUCAAUGAAUACAGAUCCGAAAUCGCCAGAAAUUUUCAUUCAUGAAAAUGGGUCCUAUUUAAUGGACACGUGGGAGCCAGAUUCUGAUGUUGAUGUUAUACUAAUUGCACCAAAGUAUUUUACAUACAAGGAUUUUUUUGAAGGAUUUUAUGAAGAAUUAAUUCGUCAUCCUUCAAUUAAGGAAACAAUUAAAGUAGAAAAUGCAUUUGUUCCGAUCAUUAAAACAGUUUGUAAUGACAUAAGUGUCGACAUUUCUUUUGCUCCUUUAAAUAACCAAAUAAAAAUCAAAAAUUUGAACAAUAUCAAAAAGGAAGAUAUGGACAAAUUAGAGCCCAAAGCACAGCUAUCACUAAACGGUUAUCUAAAUUGCUUACUUAUUCGUGAUUUGAUGAAAAAUCAUCCAAAUUUCCCAUAUUUUACCAGAUUCAUCAGAAACUGGGCACAAAAACGUGAAAUAUUCGGAAACUUAUAUGGUUACCUUAAAGGUAUCAAUAUAUCAAUGAUGUGCGCUAUAAUAUGCAAUCAACAUCCGAAUUGUUCACUUAGCAUGCUUAUUUUCCAUUUCUUUGAGUACUUCUCCAGUUGGGAUUGGGAUAUACAAUUGAAUUUAGACAGUAAUACUCCGGAUUUCCAAUUAAAUGAUCCAAUGAUUUUGAUGACACAAUCUUAUCCACAAAUCAACAGUUUACGAGCUGUAACUACAAGCAGCAGAAAGAGAAUCAUUAAGGAAUUACAAAGAGCUCUUGAAACAACCAAGAAAGCUUUGAUAUCAGAUUUAUCAUGGCAAGAACUGUUCAAAGGUGGUUGUUUCUUUGCAGACUACAGAUAUUUCCUUUGCAUCGACCUUAUUCCAACAAAUUCCCAAAUUAAAGAUGAAAUAAUCGGAUUCCUUUCCUCAAAACUAACAAGAUUAGUUAAAAUUCUUGAGGAAAUACCUGGGAUAUGCGAAGCCAACAUUUGGCCAAGCAAAAUUUCUUAUGGCGGAAAAAUUAUUUUUUAUAUCGGACUGAAUACUAAAUCUGGUCAGUCAAAAACCAUUGACAUCAACCAUGCUAAGAACAAUUUCAUAUCGUAUAUUAGUUCUUCCACUUUAGGAAAGGCCAUGUCCAUUAACUUCAAAAUCAUCAGGAAAAAGGAGCUCAAACAAGAACCCCUUCAAUCUGAAGUUAUUGAAAGAAGUUUGCAAUCAAAAGCAAAACUUUCUCCUUAA